UUAUUUUGUCACUAUUUUUUUCUUCAUCUGGUCAGCGGUACUACACUUUAGGCGGGAAAUAAAAGUGUUAUGACAUACGCGUAGUUGAUGCAUGUGCUCUGUUACGUAACAGAAUCAAGUGAUAACAUUGUUUAUUUAUCCUCGAAAUCACCUUUUAUUUACUAYUUGUAAUUWCGUACAARUCUAUAAUCCUGUUUUCCCGGUACCUGAUCAGUCAUCGGCGCUUUUUUUUCUGCAAAUAUCGGAARAAAAUCAUCUCAAUUUCGAGCAAAAUGGCGUCUUCUGAACCUCCAUCGAAGAAAGCGAAAAAGGAAAGCAAAGGAAGCGRCGAAGAGAUAGACAUCAUGAAGCAUUAUAACGAGAAAAGAAAAGGUGUAUGCGAUUCUGUUUUGGACUUUAAGUUCAAUAAGAAACGAGUUCGUCUUUUGACGAGCACAACAGACAUGAAGGAUGAUUGCAAAGGCAUUUUAUACUGGAUGUGGCGAGAUCAACGUGUCCAAGAUAACUGGGCAUUGCUGUAUGCACAAAGAUUGGCAUUAAAACAACAAGUUCCUCUACAUGUGUGUUUUUGUUUACCAAAACAAUUCCUUGAUGCAACCAUAAGAAAGUAUGGCUUCAUGAUUAAAGGGCUUCAGUUUGUGGAAAAGGAGUUAGAAGAUCUAGACAUAAAAUUUCAUCUUCUUCUUGGUGAACCUGACCAAGUUUUACCUGGAUUUGUUAAGGAGUUUGGUUUUGGUGGAAUUGUAUGUGAUUUCUGCCCAUUACGACUUCCAAUGAAAUGGGUCAAUGAGUUUGUCAAGUCUCUUCCAAAAGAUGUCCCUCUCUGUCAGGUUGAUGCUCAUAAUAUUGUUCCAUGUUGGGAAGCUUCUCCAAAGUUAGAAUAUGGUGCUCGUACCAUUCGACCUAAAAUCCACAAAGUUCUGCAGUCAUUCCUGACAGAGUUUCCACCUGUUAUCAAACAUCCACAUCAAACAGAAGUGAAGUCAAAAGGAGCUGACUGGAGUGCAGCCAUGGAUUUCAUAGAAGUGGAUUCUAGUGUACCUGAGGUAGAUUGGGCCAAGCCUGGAACUGCAGCGGGCUUAAAUAUGCUGGAGUCAUUCUGCAAAGUAAGACUCAAAAACUUUGGUGCAUCAAGAAAYGAUCCAACCAAGAAYGCUAUAAGUAAUUUGUCACCAUGGUUUAAUACAG